UCAACCUCCCAACUAGGGUUUGUGGGGGUGGGGAGUGGGAAGCAGGCCUGCAGGCCCCAAGGAAGGGGGGCAUUCUGGAGGGAUCUCCCAGGCACGCCCCUCCCAGGAGUGUCCCCCUGAGCCCCAGCUGCUCCCGCUGAGCCAGGCUUCGUGCUCACAGACCCAGGUCGGUCCAUGAUUAAUGCCUCCAUGGCCCCAGAGUGGGCCCCGGGGGAGGGAGCAGCCCCUGGGAGACGGCCCUAGGACCCCAGAGGCCCAGAGGAACUCGGAGCUGGAGCUGAUGAGUCAGCCACGCCUUCUAUUUACCUCAGUUUCUCCCAUGCCUCACCGCGGGGAUAUCGGGGAUAUCGGAGCAUACCCACAACGCUCACACCCAUGGGUUUUGUUUUGCCUCAUUGCCUUUAUUUGCUCCGUGUCAGGUGGUAAAAUCCAGAAUUAAUCCAAGCUGCGGGAGGGGUUCUGUUUGCCUGGCCCCAGGGUGUCGGGCUAGGUGAGUCCCCCUUCUCUGCUCCCCGGUAUUGACCCCAGAAACAGCUAAAAGCAAAAGAGGGGCCCCAUCGCAGGAACUCCUAUUUCCUUGUUCCAGGUAUGUUGCAGAGAAGGGGAGGAGGCAAUUGGCCUGUGUUCUGGGUCUCUUCCCAGCUCUUCUCAAACCCUGCCGGCGCUGCGGGUGGAAUUCUGACGGUCUCCAAAAGGGGGACCCAGGCUCUGGUCUCAGCGCAGCUGCCCCUUCCUCUGUGGCUGCCUGGGAGUCGCUGUCCCUCUCUGAAUCUCCCUUCUCUGUGAGACGACGUUGGAGAGGACAGAGUGGCCUGCCGGGUCCCGUUCAGCUCCGUAGUCUCCCGCGGUCUGACACCCCCAGCAGCCUCCCCCACCCUCGGGGCGGGGCUUGGGCUGAACUCACAGAGCAGCAGCCAGCAUGGGCGCCGGAGAGCUUCAGGGUCCGUCCACCCCAGCUGGACGAGACCCAAGCUGGGCGGCAGGUCCUGGGAGGGUUCUCACGCACUGCGCACCCCCCAGACCACAAGAACAGCCAGCCCUCCUCUCUUCCACUUCAGCGGGGGCCCCACGGGAGAUGUUCCGGGGGAGACGGGAUGCAUACCCCGCUGGGGCUUCUCCUGACACCAGCAGGGGCAGCUCUGGCUGCUCGUAAGGAAACCUCAUCAAGGUGGCAGUGAUGGCGUUGAUGGGGACUUCAGGGCUUAUCUGCCCGUUUCUUGUAGACUUUCCCUGCAAGGUGCCCACUUGGAGCUAAGGGCAUGGAAGUGCCCCAGAUCCAGGGAUGCUCACGGGAGAACCAAACACGGGCCUGUGGACCCCGUGCUGAAGGCCAUCAAGGAAGGGGACGAAGAGGCCUUGAAGGCUAUGAUCAAGGCGGGAAAGAAUCUCGCAGAGCCCAACAAGGAGGGCUGGCUGCCGCUGCACGAGGCGGCCUACUACGGCCAGCUGGGCUGCCUGAAGGCCCUGCAGCAAGCAUACCCGGCAGUCAUCGACCAGCGCACCUUGCAGGAGGAAACGGCCCUUUACCUGGCGACAUGCAGGGGACACCUGGACUGCCUCUUGUCUCUGCUCCAGGCUGGGGCUGAGCCUGACAUCUCGAACAAGUCCCGAGAGACACCGCUCUACAAAGCCUGUGAGCGCAAGAACGUGGAAGCAGUGAGGAUCCUGGUGCAGUACAACGCGGACACCAACCACCGCUGUAACCGAGGCUGGACAGCUCUGCAUGAGUCUGUUUCUCGCAACGACCUGGAGGUCAUGGAGAUCCUGGUGAGCAGAGGUGCCAAGGUGGAAUCCAAGAAUGCCUACGGCAUCACCCCCUUGUUCGUGGCGGCCCAGAGUGGGCAGCUGGACGCUCUGAGGUUCCUGGCCAAGUACGGCGCAGACAUCAACACGCAGGCCAGUGACAACGCGUCCGCGCUCUACGAGGCUUGCAAGAACGGGCACGAAGAUGUGGUGGAGUUUCUGCUCUCACAAGGCGCUGACGCCAACAAGGCCAACAAGGACGGCAUGCUCCCGCUGCACAUCGCCUCCAAGAAGGGCAACUACAGGAUCGUGCAGAUGCUGCUGCCGGUGACCAGCCGCACGCGCGUGCGCCGUAGCGGCAUCAGCCCGCUGCACCUGGCCGCCGAGCGCAACCACGACGGGGUGCUCGAGGCGCUGCUGGGCGCGCGCUUCGACGUGAACGCGCCGCUGGCGCCCGAGCGCGCGCGCCUCUACGAGGACCGCCGCAGCUCGGCGCUGUACUUCGCGGUGGUCAACAACAACGUGUACGCCACCGAGCUGCUGCUGCUCGCCGGCGCCGACCCCAACCGCGACCUCAUCAGCCCCCUGCUCGUGGCCAUCCGCCACGGCUGCCUGCGCACCAUGCAGCUGCUGCUGGACCACGGCGCCGACAUCGACGCCUACAUCGCCACGCACCCCACCGCCUUCCCCGCCACCAUCAUGUUCGCCAUGAAGUACCUGUCGCUGCUCAAGUUCCUCAUGGACCUCGGCUGCGACGGCGAGCCCUGCUUCUCGUGCCUGUACGGCAACGGCCCGCACCCGCCCCCGCCGUCGCGCUCCAACCGGUUCAGCGACACGCCCGCCACCGAGAAGGAGCCCGCCGUGGUCCAGUUCUGCGAGAUCCUGUCUACCCCGGAGGUGAGCCGCUGGGCGGGGCCCAUCAUCGACGUCCUCCUGGACUAUGUGGGCAACGUGCAGCUCUGUUCUCGGCUGAAGGAACACAUCGACAGCUUCGAGGACUGGGCGGUCAUCAAGGAGAAGGCAGAACUGCCCAGACCUCUGGCUCACCUGUGCCGGCUGCGCGUGAGGAAGGCGGUCGGGAAGCACCGCAUAAAGCUCCUGGACGCCCUGCCGCUCCCAGGCAGGCUGAUUAGGUACCUGAAGUAUGAGAACACCCAGUAACCAAGGCCGCGCGGAGGAGCGGCUCCUCAGACUGUUUCAUUAAAGCCUCAGGACCGCGGCAUCCCCAGAUCCCAGGGGAGCGGACCUGGUGAUAGACGGAGGCUGUGGGCUGCCUCCCGGUCAGCUGGGGCAGCUGCUGCGACCUUGCCAGGUCUCUGGGCCAGACCUUUGCCUGGACCAGAGAACAGAAUGUGUCAAGUAGGAGAAAAACUGUGUUUGUUUUCAAACUGCUGAGUAGACCUUGGACCUUCUCUGCCAUUGGGAAUGGUGGAACCUCCAUUCCUGGGGCUGGGCGGCGGGGGUGGGGGCAGGGCAGAACUUGGGGUGGCCCGGGGAAGGUGGGAGCCAGCAGGGAAGUCCCGGCCCCAACACUGGGCUGCGGCUGGAGCACUUUCAGGGAUGAGUCUGCCUUUCCAAGACAACCUCGCUGCGGAGCUGUCCCCGUCCCCUCCCCCUUUGCUAGGCAGAACUCUUGACUUCUGAGCUUUCUUCCCGGAGGUGUGGUCUGGUGGGGGUGAGUGGGAGGCCCACCUUAAGUACAAUAAAUGUUGCAGAGAUGACACCUUG